CCCUUUUUCAUAAUAUUUUUAUUUCUUUAUUCUAUGUGUGUAGUCUUUUAGGUCAUAAUGUCGUCGUCUGAUGGCAAUACAAAUCUACCCCCCACCCCACCCCCAGCUACUGUACUGGUGACAAAUACAGAACUGCUUGUAAACGAAACCAGCACCUCUUCUGUAGCCCCGAUAUGUGAGACGGGGGUCCAACUGACUUCUUCACAGGGCGCACCGCGACGUAAUCAACGCGUACCCCCCUCUUAUCUGCCCCCUGACCUUCCAGCGACAGCUGCCGAAGUCAAAGACUUGGGCUCUUUAGUUAGGGUGGUAAACUUAUUAUCAUCCAUCUCCACUAAAGCUAUUCAGGAGGGACGCAGUGUCACCGCCUCCAACAAAAGACUUGUUAUCCUCGCGAUCGACGAAACGCGUAAGGCCAUUGCAAAAUAUGAACAAUUGGUGUCAGACAAUACAACGACAUCUUUGACACCCCCUGGCCCUUCGCAGUCUCUUAACUCAACUUGUCCACCCCCCAAUCCCAUAGGCAGCUUAACUGCUACUACUUGUAUAUCUCCAAGUGACGACCUUAGGAAGGAACUGAAUACAUGUAUUAAAGAGGUCAGAAAGUUGCGCGGUGAUCUCGCUUCAGCAAACGCUACUGUUCUCUCCCCCUCGUACACUACUACGCUAUCGUAUGCGCAAAUGGCGAAACGCAAGAACGUACAACUCCAGUGCAGAGACAACAAUACUGCGAUGCAGCCACACUCACAGCCAGUACCCCCUUCAACGAAACCGGCUUUAGUAAUAUCGACUAAGAAUCCUGUAGGCACGCGGCAAGAAGCAGUUGAAGCCUUUAGGAAGAGCAUAAGUUUCCGGGAGGCCAAAUACGCGCCUUCUAAAGUGACCCCACUUUCAAAAAAUAAACUUCGAGUCGAAUUUGACUCGCCUCAAGACUGCGACGAUGCCUUAAGGCGAUUACGCAACUCAUCGUCGGCUCAAGUCACGGCGGAACCGGUCAAAAAACUCAAGCCAAUGAUUAUCCUCAAGGGCAUUUCUGAGGACUUGCCUGUGGAGGAUUUAGUGGAGGUCAUCCUAGAACAAAAUGUUGAAUUAGAGAAGUGUACUAAAGACGAAAUGUCCCUUAAAUUUAAACGCAACAAUCGAAACAGCAAAUUAUACAACGCCGUUUUCGUGGUUAGUCCGCAGCUGUUCCGAGCUGCGAUGCCUCUGGGCAGAAUUCGCGUGGACCACCAAAGAGUCCACGUGGAAGAGUUCUCUCCAUUUUUACAAUGCCACAAGUGUCUGCAGUUUGGACACGUAAAUAAGCACUGCAGGUCGGAGCAAACGCGCUGCGCUCACUGCGCAGAUACCACACACAUUGCAGCUGAUUGUCCUACCAAGGAAGACAAACAUGUGCCCCCUAAAUGCUUUAACUGUUCGACUCACAAUUCUAAAUUUCCAAAUAAACUUAACGUUGUGCACUUGGCUACCUCACUCGUCUGUCCUAUUUUACGCAACAUCAGAGAUAAAGUAAAUGACACAAUCGAUUAUGGAUCUACACAAUAAACUGCAUAUUAUACAGUGCAACACUGACAGAUCACAUCACAGCUUCAACGAAUUUAUAACAUACUUCAUUUCUAGUAAACACACAAUAGCAUUCAUAUCCGAGCCAUACACAGGGGCCCGCAACGAAGUCAAAGCCUCACAAGGUCUAAAUAUUUAUCAAUUCCCCAGCAAAGGACGAGUAAAAGCUUGCAUCAUCACCAAACCCACUGUACCCUGCAUCGGCCUAUCACAGUUUUCUUCUCCUAACCUGUGUGUAGUUCGGGUGCAGACGGGACACAAACACAUUCAUCUCGCAUCUACGUAUAUAGAACCUGAUAAUGACACCCACGACUCACUCAAACUUAUAGACAAUUUCCUUAUACAUACUUCCGACACUCAUUGCAUUCUUGGCGGGGACUUUAAUGGAUGGCAUGCUCUAUGGGGGAGCCCUACCUCAAAUCGACGCGGAUGCGACGUAGUUGACAUGGCUCAUGCUGCAGAUCUAUUUGUAUGCAAUGUUGGCGACACGCCCACCUUCGAAACGGUUACGCAUGGCCGUGAGCGCUCCUCCAUCAUAGAUUUAACGUUUGCAUCAGCUGCUAUAC